GCGCCAUGCGCGCGGUCAAGCUAAUCGCGAAAACCAACUUGUGCUUGUUUCGUGGCCUAUCCUUGACAUUGAAGGCGUUUGUUAUGAUUUUAUUGCGGUCGGUAUGUUUAUUUUUGCUCGCUUUAUCACAACCGCAGCGCAGGGUAAUGGUAACAUGAUCAGCGAUCGCCUGCAUGUCAGGUCAGCGCUGAACCUCUUGAAUUUUCAUUAUUUAAGUGUUAUAAAUUAAUUCAAUGCAUCGACACAAUUCCUUGCUGCAGUUUCCUCAUUAUCUCAUUUUUGUGCGGUUUUGCAGCUAUUUUUAUUGGUUUUUUCUGUGAUGAAAAUCGACUGAAGAAACUCCUUUGUUUCAUCUGAGUCAAGACUAAAACAGUCAAGAACAGAGACAAUGGAAUGACAGCAACGUUUCUGAAAAACUCAAGUCUUCUCCAUGAGUUUGGGGAGUGGGGGCAAUCCCAACAUACCAGACGCAGAACAUUUUGUUUUUUUCAACCAUGAAGAAGAAAAUCCUCCCAUACAACAAGCAAAAGUUUGAUGAGCUGAAGAAGGAUGUAAAACAGAGCGGAAUCACUGCUGUAUUUUCUGAUCCCACUUUCCCGGCAACCAGUAAAUCUCUUGGACAUGUGCAAUUUCCUAGUGAAAUUAUAUGGAAAAGACCAGGGGAGCUUUGUUCUGCCCCUCGGCUUUUUAAUAACAUAGAAGCUCCAUCACGAUGCAAACCAGGAGAACUUACUUGUGAUUGGAUGGUCUCAGCAUGUGCAGUCCUCUCAGGAAUCAAAGAACUUCUACACAAGAUUAUUCCAGACUACUGGGAUCAAGAAUGGGAUCCCAGCAAACCAGAUGAGUAUUGCGGUAUUUUCCACUUCCGCUUCUGGCAAUUUGGAGAAUGGGUAGAUGUGGUUAUCGAUGAUGCUCUCCCAACAUACGAUGGUAUGUUAAUCUCAGUGCAAGGAGAGUCAGAGUCGGAAUUUUGGGCAGCCUUAUUGGAGAAAGCUUAUGCUAAAUUGCAUGGAUCUUAUGAGGCGCUAAGAGAAAGCUCAUUGAGUGAUAUUUUGGUUGAUACAACAGCUGGUGUAUCUCAAGUGAUCGAUUUGAAGGGAGAGGAGUAUAUGAGCAACGAAGACAAACGAUGGGAACUUUUUGAAACCCUCAUUUCUGAAAACAACGACCACUCCAUAAUUUGUUUUACCAUCGCUAGCUCAGAGGAAGAAGAAAUAGGACUUCGUACUGAUCUUGGAUUGAAAAUUGGAUUGGCAUAUCAUGUGACUGAUGUAAGAAAAGUCUACCUUGGAGAAUCUGGCCUCAGAACUUUAUUCAAGGGUCGAGAAAAAGUAGCCAUGGUUCGACUGCGAGAUGCAAGUGAUAAUCAGUGGAAAGCUGGGUCCAGAAGAAGUUCUGCCAAGGGCGCUCCGACAGAAUACGCCUAUUCCACAGCUCAAUUGACUCGAUUACGCUCAAAAAAUGCUAGCUGGGCACAGGUGAAGAAUGACGAAUUUCAGCGAAUUGGUCUAGCAGUUCAGAGUAAAAAUGAAUUUUGGAUUCCUUUUGAAGAUUUGAUGAGUCAGUUCACUCAACUGACUAUUUGUCGUCUCUUUGCUAAUAAUUUAUUUGCCGCACCGAUUCAUCAAUGGUUCGAGGCAUCAGCUCGUGGAGAGUGGACAACAGGAGUGAAAUGGACUUCAGCAGAUAAAGCUGGCGGCAGCCUAGAUCCAGAGACGCUUUUCAGAAACCCGCAAUAUUUGUUCAUUUUAAAAGAAGAGACGGAUAUAGUGGUACAAUUAAUGCAAUGGAGUCCUGACAUACCUCCUGGAGAAGCAUUGAAACACCUCAUUGGAUUCAUCAUAGUUAAGGUUGAGGACAACAGGACAACGAGAAUGCAUAAACAAUGGAGUCAUUGUCCAACGGUGAUUAUGCAUGACCAUCAACGGAAAAGAGACAUUAACUACAUGGGCCAUCUCUGUGCAGGCAGAUAUGUGAUCAUACCUUCAACAUACAAACAGGGUGAAACUGCGGCCUACUUUUUACGCUUAUUCACCUCGCACAAUAUCAAACUGAGAGAGCUGAAGACAGAUCUGACAACAUCGUUGAUCAAGUGUCCUUGCAUUCACACGGAGCCUGAAUGGGUCACAGUGAUCUCGAUUCUCAAAGCUGAGAAUCUCUCGUUAGAUUUUUCUUUUCGUGGAAAAGAUAGGCUCAAUCCUUUUUGUGUCGUUAUAUGCGAAGGUGCCAAAGGGACUACAAAAGUCAUAAAAAAUAGUCAGAAUCCUGAAUGGAAUACCUCAUUUUUAUUUUACCGCAGAAAGACUGAUGUUCCUCUUAAACUUCAGGUACUAUCACACAAUAUUCUAAUCCCAAACCAGCUGAUUGGUGAAGCUGAGGUUCCUGCUCUAGUCACGCGAAGUUUCACACCAUUACAAGUUAAGCUAAUUCAGAAACAGAAAGAUUUGGAAGCAACGCCAAAAGCUUGUGGUUCUUUGUUCCUACAGGUAUUGACUGAAGAUAAUUUGAUGGCAAUAUAGAGGUUGUUUCUUGAUAAUAAGUGCCUUACAAAUAUUUUAUUCCCUCCUCAUAAGUUUGUCUUUAUUUCCAGAAUUUUUAAUUAUUUUUAGGGCUUGCUUGUCUGGUGGGUAGUGAAUGUACCCAAGUGUAUAUGUAUAUUCCCUCAUCAAAAAGAUGUGAUUAAGCCACUUUUUAUGAUGUAAUCGUAAUUGAAUCACUUCUAAUGGUCGCUAUCUAUGUAAGGUGCUCUUUUAAUCAUGAGAUCCACAGCAAUCAACUUUCAUAAAGCCCAAACCAAGACAAGAAUUAAAGUUUUUUUUUUGUACUUUCUUGUUUCUCUAGUAUACAGAUUCAACGAUCCUUUCGCUAAGGAGAAAAUUUUGUACUCAAUUAAAUUUACCAUUAAUCUAAAAUUAAUAAUUGUUGAUCUCGUGAUUAAAAAACCACCACAAGAAAAUGGAAUGUGUAGACAUCUUGCAUUUCAUAAAUUAUAUAGUCUCUAGUUGAAAUGAUUUUAUUUUCUUGUGAUAAUUCAAUAGUCAUUCUUUUAAUACUCAACUGUUCACUUUCAUGUGAAAAUCAUCGAUUUGUUUAUUUUAGAAUUUGAAAGCUAUUCUCCUUAUCCUUUAAAUGCUCUCCGUGAAGGAACUUAGAUGAAUUUUUUCGUUUUAUCGUAAUUUCAUGGAAAAUUGCUCUUCUUGUCUCUCUCAAUUGAACUUAAUUUUGUUGAAUUUUUCAUUUUUCUUCUCUUUGUAAUGUUAUAUUCUGGUGCUGCAAACGUAAUUAAAAUGUGUGUAAGUAAUUUCCAUGGUUGUGUAUUUAACACAACUUAGAAAUUAUGUACUUAAACCAAUAAACUGACACAUUUCUACGCCUAGUUUGAGAUUUUACCCGUAGAACAUACCCAAAAAGGUGAAGUUCUCUAGUAGUAGGAGCUUUGAUAGAAAUAUAAUUCAAUUAGGAAUUAAUUUAAUUGGGAUUUUUUUCCUUUUGAGUUUGUAUCCGUCUUAAUUGUUUAGUAUUAAAUACUAAGUCUGUGUUCAUGGAGCGAAGUCCUUUUUUGAGGCAGUAAAAUAUUCAGUGGCAGGAGGACUGUUUAGAGAACUGUCAAGUUAAAUGAUAAUAAUUCAUCAUUCCAUGUUGAUAAAUAGGUUAAUAUCACUAAAUGCUCACAAAAUUAUAAAGAAGAAGAAUGGGGGUAUUGUCUUGUUUUUUGCUCUAAGUAAUAUUUAACUUCAAAAUUUGUUGUCUCUUCUGCCUCAAUUUGUAUCCAUGACCUUGAAAUUCGUGUAUAUUUCAUUACACUUGUUUAUUUGUGCCUCAAUGCAAUACUAUGAUUUUUCUCGUUUUGGAGUAAAAAAUAUUUUUUGAAGACUUUUUGUGUAAUGGCCCGGAAAAACUUUUUUUCCAUUUAGGAUUUAUGAUAUUUUGUGUUUGUGUAUCAUUGUCAGAUUGAAUGUUAUUUAACACAACUUACUUAAAGACAAUACUGUGAUACUAUAACAAUGAAAAAUAUUCUUGCCAGGUUUAUUAACCUAUUUUUAUGUGGCCUAUUUUUUUGUAAAGUUUGGGUCACUAACAGAUCUAGACUUUUAAAUGCUUGCACAUUGUAGGGCAUAUCGCUCUUUCUUAUCAAUUAUUUACUCCUAGCAACAUAGAUUUUAAGGCUUGAAUGGAGACAUUUUACUGUGGAAAAUUUUGAUUAAUUUUUUGCACCAAUAAGAAAUGUACCUUACUUCAUCACCGACUUUAUAAAAGAGAGCUCAUUUCCUCUAACAUAUUUCAGUAAAAUUUGAAACAAUAGAACAGAGAUUUUAUUAAUAGAUCUGAUUUUUUAAAUUAUCUCUUGCAUACCUAUAAUGCUCGGUCUCUUACUCACAGGCACUUAGCCGUUUAUUUUUGUAGUCACUAUUUCCAAAAUCAAACUCUUAUAUUAAAUAAAGCGGUGUGCAAUCAUUUGUAAUGUAUGGAUAUACGUUCUUUUUUUGAAAACUUUUAGUCCAAAGAAGCUGGUAACUUUAUUGAAAUAUCUUUAAUUAUGCCUUGCCAACUAAGUUUAGAUUAUUUUUGUCAUUGCUUGUAGCAAUUCUACCUCAUACAUUAAGAUUUCGGGUAAUACAGUAACAGUUUCUUAAGUCAAAUUUCAGUGGAUUAAAACGAUUACUCAGAAUUCUUUCAAGCUCCAGAUUUCACCACUAAAACUAAAGUGCAACUGAUCAUUUGAGAUUUAAUUACCUGUCAUUUUAUUUUUCUAUUUGAUUGAAAAAAAUUGUAGUCUAUUACUCUCGCAAUCAGAAAAAAGAGGUAAUUUUAAUUGAAAUUUUUGGGGUUAUAAUACACACAGAAUAAAUGGACUGAAUUUGAGGGGAAGACACCAAGUUGCAUUUCAGAAAAAAAUGAAUUAUCGGAAGUUUUAAGCUCAACUAGCCACCUAUUUUUUCCCGUCAAAAAUUCAAAGCGGAGAAAUGUAUUUUGAAUGGGAAAGUAGGUGUUGACCUUAAUCUCUAAAAUUGAGUCUGGUGAAGUUUAAUCAUUUCAAACGGCUUUCUUGGUUUGAUUUUAAUGUGACUCGGUUUCCGCCUGUUAAACUGAAUCCAAGUACACUAGCAGGCGAAACAAGCAUACAUUCCCAUGAAUUUUCUUUGGAUAUUUCCAGGGGAACUUCAGUGUCAAUGGGCAGGAAUGGAUCAGUAUUGUCAUGAACUCGGUCAGUUAAUUCAAAAUUUUCUGUCACUUCUGUUUUACGAAUUAGGCAUUGAGGGAAGAAUCAGCAAAUGUAAGGGGUCAAUUUGGUCAAAAAAAUAUUCAAUUCCUUACUUUUCCGACUUAAAAAUCUAAACUGUAAAUGUUUUUUGAAAUUUUCGGUUCAGAAAAACAAAACUUUUAAGAUAUUUUAAGUUUCUUCUAAUUUUGUUCAUACUGUGAACGUAUUUUUUUUAAAAAAUUGGAAUUUUGAUAUUUUGUUUUCUUAGAUAAUUGUGACUUUUAUGUAAAAUGUUGUGAACUGUGUUGUGCACCCAUCCACUUUGAUCAUCAUUAAUACAUAUGCACUUUUAGCCUUCAUUUUUAAACAAACAUAUAGAUGGCACAAAAGGCCAUGUAGCCUGUGCCAUUCUAGUGCUGUAGCCUUUUCUAGCUAUAUUUAUGAAUUCACUAUAUUGAUUGAAUUUUUAAAAUUCUGCCGCUCAAAGGAAAUGGUCCUCGUGGGUUGGCAUUUUGCACAGCUUUUUUAUGUGAUCUUACAAAUGUAAGAAAUUUACCUAAGGACUUCUAGGGUAAUUUAGUGUAAUACUCAAGAGUAAUUUUCAUGUAUGUGAUAAAAAAAACUCGAUGCAAUACAUUUUUUUAUUCUA